AUGGGUAAUAAAGAAGGCAAAUCAACUGAAUCGACGGAAUUAACUCCAAAACGUAUGAAGCAUGAUUCGAUUUAUCUUAAAAUCUACUGUUUUACUUUAUCAAUUUUAGAUAUCGCUCUACUCAAAGCAAAUACUAAUUAUUCUGAGCAAGAAAUACGAGAUUGGUAUGAGAGAUUUAUUGAUGAUUGUCCCAAUGGUAAACUAAGCAAAAAACAAUUUACUAGACUUUAUAAACAAUUCUAUGAAGAUGGAGAAGCAGACAAAAUUUGCAAAGAUGCUUUUGAUAGAUUUGAUGUUGAUGGUAAUGGUUCAAUUGAUUUUGAAGAAUUUCUUUUAGCUCUUUCAGUUUCAAGUCAAGCAAAUCUAGAGGAUCGUCUUAGUGCUGCUUUUGAUAUAUGUGAUAUGUCAAAUGAUGGACAAAUCGAUCAAAGAGAAUUGACGAAUUGGAUCACUACUAUCUAUGAUCUUGUAGGUGAAACUGAUCGUAAAGGUGAAAAGGAUCCAAAGAGACGAGCUAUGGAAAUCAUGAGAAGCCUUGAUAUUAAUGGUGACAGGAAAUUGAAUAAAGAAGAAUUUAUCAUUGGAUGCAAAAAUGAUUCACAUAUUUGUAAACUACUUGCCCUCAACGCUUAA